AUGGCAGCAGGGAACAGUUCGCAAUUUCUACGAGCUCGAGCGACAGCUCUACCAAUAGAUGGGUUGAGUCCAAGGCAGACCUCCCGAAUGUCUCAUAUUGGUCAGAGAUUAGGAUCCGCUGGUCAAUCGCGUAAAAGUAUCAAGCCAAGAAUGAGCAUCAACAACUUUCGAAUGAGCAUCGUCCAAGGAAACAUGGGCCGAGGUCGCCGACUCCCUCAGAAUCUUGGCGCUCUGAAGCCUGAAAGUAAGAAACCGAAAUGCCAAGCUUGGAGACUCCCGAUCGAGAAACAGAAAAUCAUCAACGUCGGAAAAAGAAGAACGGCAAUCUUUGAAUACAAAGAAUUCUACUACUUCUGUCCAGCGUGCAAUGUCUCAUUUGUCGAUUUUGACGAGUAUCAGUCUCAUUUGAUCGUGCGUGAACUCUCACUGCAACAAGAAGAGAUGCUGGACGAAAUUUCGCGACAGAUAAAAGAUCAGAAUUUGAGGAGAGCGAACAAGGAGAUCAUGAACGAAUUUGGGCGGAAAAGCUUUGCCGUCCACCGACGAAAGAGCACAAGAAAAAAGGAACCCGAAAUCGCGUCAUUUUUGAGUCAAGCAGAAGAAGUUGAAAUUCAUCUGAGCUCGCUUAACAAAAAGAAAGACUACCGAGAUACGGACUUUCACUUCAACAUCCGGGAGAAGCAAAAGUUCUACGACAUGAAAGAAGCGCUUGAAAACGCGAAAAAGGCGAAAGCAAGACUCUCCGCGUAUCGAACAAAAGUUGUCGUGAAAAAUAUUGCCAAGUUUCACGAAGUCUCAGAAACGAAUCUUCUUUCAUAG